AUGUCUUCCCCUCGCCCUUCCUCGCCCGUCAACGGAGCUGGCGUCGCCGCUUCUGGCGCCAGCGUUGCGCGUCCUUCCUCGCCUACGCCCCCUGGCGGCCCCCGAACCGCCAUCCGUCGCCGCGCGGCUGCCGACCAGAAGGAGAAGAUUGCAAAUGCGCGGCCAAACAGCACGAGAGCUGCCGGCGCUGGCGGCAGCAGCAGCACCAUGCUGAGACUCUACACCGACGAGUCUCCCGGUCUCAAGGUCGACCCCGUCGUCGUCCUUGUCCUUUCUCUUGUGUUCAUUUUCAGCGUUGUUGCCCUUCACAUCAUUGCCAAGAUCACCCGCAAGUUCUCUUCUUAA